UCCCUUUUAGGCGCACGUCUUUCCCGCCCUACUCCUUCAGCGGCCGCGUGUCGAUUUCCGGCAUCGACGACCGCCCCCUGACGCGCAUCAACUUCCCGGGUGGUUCUCUCGCUGAUGUGCCCUUCCUCAUCCCGACCCAAGGCAGCCAGCGCUCAGUCAUGACACAAGACACCCUGCAGCGCAGCGGCCUUCAAGACCACUUCCAUCCCUUCAGCGAGAGGGAUGUUGUGAUGCUGCUGGAUGACAACAAUCGCCCCAUCACGCCUCUCGGUGCUGUCACGUUCCUCGCGUCAGCCAGUGCUCGAGCAGAAGAUCGCCAUCCCGUCACCUUCUUCGUGGUGCCGGGCUCACUGCUCAAUGUCAUUGGCGACGACUCCCUCAAAGCUGUGUCUGGCGGCGACCUCGUGGUGGUGGGACCAGACGGCGCUACAGGCGAUGGGCAGUAUUGCUUCCACGCCUUCUCCCCGCUGCCGGUCGUUGAGGCGUAUGCCGCGUGCUCGAAAGCAAGCUGGGGCGUCUACGUGGAGGGCUUUGUGCAGGACAGGUACCUGAGCGGGCUGGCAGCACAGCACACCUCAUGUACCGACCUCUCCUUUUGAUUCAUUUGCAGCGGUGUGGUGGAUGGAGGCCAGACGAGCAACCGCGCCUCGCUGUGCGCCAUCGUGAAGGCAAUCAAGCACUGCUGGUACUGGUACGCCACACGCGCACAGACGCAAUACGUCGCAGCCAUAUUGCUCGUCCUUCGUCUGGUGCGAUUGUUGCGUUGCAGCGACGAUGAGCGUCUGAGUUGCCGCCCUGCGGUGAUCCACUCCUGCUCGGAGUACGCUGUUAGGUGUGCCGUCGAGUGGCUGCAUAAGUGGCACACCGGAUGGAGGAAGAGCGACAAGAAGGUGACAUCACAGCUGCCACGGGGUGUUCCGGCUGGAGCCGUCAUCAUGGCAGCUUGUCUGUGUGUGUGGUGCCUUUGAUUGCAGCCCGUGAAGAAUCGGGAUCUCAUCGAGGAGAUCGAUGAGCUGAUACAGGUACACACACAGAAUGCUCUUCCAUCGACGUACAUGACGCCGGACAUACGGAUGCCUUCCUCGAUCCUAGGUGAGGCAGGGGCAAAUGGAGCCUGCCGCGCUGCAGUUUGUCCACGUGCGCGACGACGGCCCAGGAACCUCGCGGGCGAGGGGACUUGCACAUGCUGUGCAGGGGGCUCCACAUAGAAACACCUGACCGAAUGUAAUGUGGAUGGCUUUUUGCUCCUUUGUUUCCAUAUUUGCCGUGGCCGGCCGGCCGGUGGCUGCUAUAAAUGUGAAUGAGGCGAUCGAUGGGAUCAUGCAAAUCGGUGCCGUCUACGUACUUACGUGUGCAUGGAUAUGUGCAUGGAUAGAUGGAUGGAAGCCGCCGGCCAUGCAGUGCGUGCCAGUGUACGCUCGAGAUGAGGGUGGGCGUACAUAUAUAUACCGUUCGUUGUAUACACUUUCUUCGGGUGAAUGGAUGGUUGGUUGGUUUACGCUCAGGACUGUGACGGUGAGACACUCUAAAUGUUCAUGCAA